CAAAAAAAAAAAAUAUCCACGCCGCCUAUAAGCAAGGCCGUCAAAAGUAACAUUCAAGAUGCCUUCCCUUUCUCAACGCCAACCGUUAUCUUGCUAUGAAGGGGAACAGUUUGUUCAUGUGCUUAAAUCAAUCCAAAGAGGGAUAGAGUCAGCGAGAGUAUUGACCGGAAACUCCUUGCCUGAGAAAGUGUGGCUUAAGCAACAAUUUGCAAUUGGUGUUAAUGAUGUAACCCGUGUACCUGAACGGAUGGCACACAUCUCCGACGAGGGAUGCACUGCCCCAUCUCCUUGUGUUAAGCUUCAGGCUAUUUUGUUAGCUGGUGAUUGCAAUCCAAUGUGGCUGACGAAGCACCUACCCAUGUUGGCUAAAUCCAGAAAGGUGCCAUUGAUCAUUGUUGGAGAUGAUAAAAAGGGUUCCUUAAGAUUGGGUGAGCUUGUAAAGCUAAAAACAGCAAUUGCAAUUGGAGUAAAUGCUCGAGGAAGUGCUAUCAAUCGAAUAACGGAAGGAGUUCUUGAUGGUAAUAAACCGAAUCGAGGAGCAGUGCUUCAAGUUGAAUGACUUGCCUGUUGUUUUGUUAGCUGAUUGAUUAUAGCAAAUACAAAAUGAUUUCUGU